AUGUUAGAGGUGAAGUCUAGCCUGCCUUCUAAUAAGAAGGCUUAUUCUGAAGGCUGGUUUGACUGGUCUUUCAGUGUGGAGUCUCACAAGACUUUGAAGAUCAAGCAAUUCCUGACCAAGAAAAAAAAGCAGAAUCAUCCCAUUCCCCAGUGGAUUCAGAUGAUAACUGGUAAUAAAAUCAGAUACAACUCUAAGAGGACACAUUGGAGAAAAACUAACCUGGGUUUAUAA